AACGGCCUUCAUUCUGAUCUUCAUCACCCUCUGCGCUCUUACCCACAGUGUAUCGACGAGAAUAUUUUCACAGCGGGGAGCCUUUUACUUCCGAUCCGUCUGAAUCUGUGUACUAUAAAAUCAAGUGCCCUGCUAGACUAGAGCAUCAAGACUUAUCUGUGAAGAGCCCGACAUGUCUCACUCUAUACACCAGCAUCUCGGCGCUAGCGUCCAGGACGUGCCCUAUUCGCGUCCCACAACGCCCGGUGCGCAUCCACCCCAGAUUGGAUUCGUCGGUCUCGGCGCCAUGGGAUAUCUCAUGGCCCGCAAUUUGGCAAACUACCGCGCCAACCACCCCGGUGGGUUUGUUCCGCUGCUGGUGUGGAAUCGAUCCGUAUCCAAGUCGGAGAAGUUGCAAAAGGAAGUGGGUGAGGAUAAAGUCCGGAUUGCUCAGGAUUUGAGCCAGAUCGCGAAUGAAUGCGAUGUAAUCAUCACCAACCUUGCAAGCGAUGAAGUAGUGAAGGGUGUGUAUCAACAGUUCCGGGAAGCUCUGACGAAGUCGAAACCCACGAAGAACAAGAUUUUUGUGGAGACUAGCACUGUCUAUCCAACGCUCGCGGGAGAGCUGGAUUCACUGAUCUCUUCAGUGCCGCAUUGCCAUCUCAUCACCUGUCCCGUCUUUGGUCCCCCUGCUGCUGCUGAUAAAGCGCAACUCAUCAUCGUCAUGAGUGGUGACUAUCGCUCCAAAAAGGAGGUCGCGUAUCUCCUUGUUCCCGCAGUGGGCAGGAAGGUCUAUGACCUGGGUGGUAACCUUGAGAAAGCAUGUACCUUCAAGUUGAUCGGAAAUUCUAUGAUCAUGGGUAUGCUCGAAGUAAUGGCCGAGAGCUUUACGAUGGCAGAAAAGUCGGGGGUCGGUGCUGAAACAGCCUAUAACCUCAUCAAAGACAUGAUGCCUGCUCCACCAUUGGUCAACUACGGCAACAGGAUGCUGCACGACAACUUUGACGGUAGCGCAGGCUUUGCUAUCGACGGGGGUAUCAAAGAUGCGACGCACGUCCGGAGGUUGACUAAUGAGCACAACUCCCCGAUGCCGUUGAUUGAUAUUGUCCACCAGCACCUAUUGACGGCUCGUGCUUUACAAGAAAAUCACAGACGUGAAGGGAUACACAAAUUCGAGACGUUAGACUGGAGUGCUAUAAUCGCCGGUGCUCGGGUUGCUGCUGGGAUGGACGGCUUCAACAGCGCGAGCCAUCCCAAGGUGCAGAAACUGGACUAGAUUUGACAAGAGAAGUACGUAUGCGAGUGUAUGAUUGUAAAAAGUCGUGAAAAUGGCGAUCCAUGUUGUAGAAACGUCAUAGCAAAUGUGAGUUACUGUAUUCUGAAGUAAACAUUGGGCGAUUCGUUGGAG